GAAGGGAUAGCAUUGGGAAUUCUAUGGGGGAAUUCAGUGGAUAAAGGAAUUGGGGCAGUGUUGUACUUCUAGCAAAUACAGGACUUAGUAGGAGUAGCACAGGACGGAUAUAAUGAUCCACACUCCAGACCAGAAGGUGGCGGUAAUGAGCCAAGACGUUGUUUUCCAACCGCCAUUCAAAAGUAGAAGAAGAAGGUUACUGGGGUAACGACAACAUAACCUCGCAGACUUAAUUAGCAAAAAAGCUAACAAGAGGUUUUUUGGUUUUCUCCAAAUUCUGUAGAUAUUUUCUGAAGUGAGUCAACUACGUAAUUUUUUCGCGACAGUUUGACAUUUUAGAGACCAACACCAUCAACGAAGACGAAAAGAACAGGUUCAGUUUAAGGCAUUAUGUCCAGCCAGCGGCCUCCCUCGGGCAUGGGCCGCCCAGCAAGCCGGAGUGGGUCUGUGGUCCCUGGAGUUGGAAGACCCCCGACAGCAAUCCGACCUCCGCCUACAGCUAUACGUGUUGCUACUGGGAUGGUUCCAGGUACAAGUGGUCAUCCUGGUAUGAGGGGUGGCAUGCCUAUUGCCACUCCUGGAGUCUUAUCAGCACCAAUCAAAGUUACCGACAGGCCUGUGACCCAGCAGGGGCUCAGUGGAAUGAAGACUGGCAUGAAAGGACCUCAGAGACAGAUUCUGGAUAAGUCCUAUUACUUGGGUCUUCUGAGGAGUAAGAUCAACGAGUUGACAACAGAGACCAGCAAACUGCACAAAGAAAUUGACAACUUCACUCAGGAGAAUUCAGUUUAUCUCUCCUAUGAGAAGAGAGCGGAAGGUCUGGCUAAUGAGAUCAAGGACUUACAAGGCCAGCUUGCAGACUACAACAUGCUGGUGGACAAGCUAAACACCAACACAGAAAUGGAAGAAAUGAUAAACGACUACAACACUUUGAAAGCCCAGAAUGACAGCGAGGCUGAAAGCAUUGACAGCAUUUUCACUGAGAGGAGAGAGAGAGAGGAAGCCAUCAGGGCUAUUGAAGAAGAGAUCAGGAGGGAGAGGAGGGUUGCAGAUGAGAUUGUUCAACAAAUGCCAGCUGCAAAGCAAGAGAAGUAUUUCACUAUGACGACAGCCAAUGAGGAACUGCUACAGGAGCUUACUGUUCUCCAGGAGGAGCUGGACAUUCUCAUAACCAGGAAGGAGGACUACGAAGCUGAGCUGUCGCACUCACACAUAAAGCAGGAAGUGGUUCGACUGCACGAGACUCUGUCAGCACUGGAGGCAAAGCGAGACGCCAUGGAGGCCGAGCACAAGAGCCUGGGCUCCCCGCAGGAGGAGAGGGAGAAGUUAUUGAAACAGGUGAAGGAGGACAAUCAGGAAAUUGCCAGCAUGGAGAGACAGCUCACAGAAAUCAGAGAGAGAAUCGCAGUGAUAACAGAGGAGAUCCGUCAGCUGGAGCAGGACUCAGAGGAAGCACAGGGUGAGUGUCAGCAGAAAUACAAGGAGCUGAAGAAGAAAGAAGAAGAAAUUGAUCGGUACCUGGGCUCAUACGAGAACUCAAGGGUUCAGGAGCAGGAGAAGAUGACACAGUGUCAGGAGGACAUUGUCUCCCUCCUGGAACACUGCAGCAGGAACAUGUUGAGGCUACGUCAGGUGGAUCGAGUUACAGCUGGUGAGCUGAGAAACAUGCAGGAAGUCCUGGUCAGCAAGGAGACAGAAGUUGUUCAGUCAGAGAAUACUGCCAGGGGACUGACAACUGAGUCCCAACGCCUGCAGCAGGACCUGGAGAAGGUGCAGCAGCUGGAGGGGAAGAUCACAAGUGAGCUCAGCACCCUGAAGGAGCGCGUCAGCACCAUGGAGACUGAGCUGCACACAUACAGAGACCUGGACACACUGAGGCAUGAAGGAGAGGAGAAAAAAAAGAGGCUGCAGGAGGACCGCGUGUCACUGUCUCAACGUCGGGAUUCUUUCAAACAGCUGCUGGACGAAUUCAACAAGAAAUAUGAAGCUCUGAAGACCAAGCUGCAAGAAAAUGAGACACACACUCAGCUGACUAACCUUGAAAGGAAAUGGCAACACUUGGAGCAGAACAACUUUGUCAUGAAAGAGUUCAUCGCUUCUAAAACACAGGAGAGUGACUACGACUCAGUCGCCAAAAAUGUUUUCCAACAGAUUGACGAGUACAACAAGAGCCUGAUCGAGUCAUUGCAGAACAACAGAAGUUAAACACGUACAAAAAAUCAUCACAGAAUGGAUACUUAACAACCUUCUAGUUUACUUUAAGUAUCACUCUGUCAAAGAAAAGAUUAGUUUUUGAAAGAAUAGAGAUCAAAUGUUAUAUGUUUUUUUCCAGAUUGCUAUCAAAGCAGCACUUUAUCUAAUUGAGUUUAGAGGCUUUUCAUUGUCAAAAAAUUUUCAAAAUGUACUUGUAUUUAUCUUAUCCUUUUUGUAUUUGAAUAAAAUUGCAAUUAUCUGUAAUAAAAGUUUUCUGAAAAUAA